AUGUUAGAUAAACAAGACAAUAAGGUUCACAGGUCGAAGCCGAGGAGCAAUGGUGCUCGGAGCGUCCGGGGACGUCGUCGUCGGUGUUUCGGGACUCUCGGAGGAGCGGAUGAAAUGCCGGGGAACAUGAGCAAAGAGGACGCCCCGGGUCGGAGCGCUUCUUUGACGUUCACCAUCGACAACAUCCUGAACCUGAAGCAGCGGGACGGCGGAGACUCGGACGCGUCCAAGGGACAGCAGAGGGACAGUGGAUGUAAGGAUGGGUUGCAAGCGCGCUAUGAGGCUGUGUGGGACGUCCGGAGUAGGCAUGACAGCGGAUCAGAACAGACAGCGCAAACGAAGCCCAGAGUCCACCGUCCGGACCACGGGGAAAACGAACCUCCGCUGAUCGCUAACUCCUGUCCCGGGGCGCACAGCGCGCUCACCGCCGAGGACACAUCCGAGAAGCAGCUGCAGGAGGAGGCAACCGCGGACUCUAAAGCUAUGGUCAAAAAGAAAACGCGCACCAUCUUCUCCAAGAGACAGAUAUUUCAGCUGGAGGCGACUUUUGACAUGAAGAGGUAUCUGAGCAGCUCGGAGAGAGCGUGCCUCGCCAGCUCCCUGCAGCUCACCGAGACCCAGGUCAAAAUCUGGUUUCAGAACCGCCGCAACAAGCUCAAGAGACAGCUAUCCACGGACAUGGAGGGGCCGCUGGCCGCAGAGCACCUCUCAGAGGCGGCCAAAAAUGUGCAAUUACCGACUUUUUACAAAGACAGCAGCCUGCUGGGCGGAUGUUUGUUACCCAUGCCUUUCCCUGUCGUGUACCCGACUGCGACCGCUGCGCCUUACAUCUACUUUUCCAACACUGGCAAAUAUUUCGGCCUGUUUGAUGCAGACUGA